GUGCAUGUCUAACAUUUCAGCCUUGCUCAUGCCUAUAAAAGGACAGAUGAGCCAUGUGCCACAUCUUUGGCUAACAUUCUGUAACACUUAAAGAAUGUGCAGUACAGAAGGAGGGCAGUUAAAGUUUCACAUGGUUGUCAUUUUUGUUGCUGACACAGUGUAUAAAAAUGAUAGGAGGAAAAAAUAGAUAAGUUAUGAAAGCGGUUAUGAAAUAAGUUUCAUCAUUCCAAUGCUCUCAUAACGGGAGAGGUUUCGGCGCAUGCGCAGGAGCCUCCGACCUGAAACUGAGGAUGUGAGCGACACCAAGGACGUUUGUUACUACUACAAAAGGAUGUCGAUUGAAGAACCGGACCAAAACUGUGUCUCCUCCUCAGCGGACAGAGGGGGUUUCUUUAUCCCGACCGACACCGAGCGGGACUGGGCUGAGGAGGAGCGCGGAGAGCCGCUCGGGCUCCAGCAGCAGAGUCGCCUCAGGGCAGCGCUGGACGCGUUGUUCCGAGCCGUGAGGUGCGACACCGAGUCGGUGCGACCUGAGCACAUCAGCGCGUUAGUGGAGCUCAUCGUCCGCAACUUCAGGAAGAAGGAAGCGUGCGUGUCCUGGGCAGCGCGCGCUCAGGAGGACGGAGAACUGGACUGUCCCGGCUGUAACCGGUUCAUCGCGGAGCCGGUCACCGUCGCGUGCGGACACUCGUACUGCAGGAGCUGCGUACAGCUGGGCUUUCUGUCCAAGUGUAGAAAAUGCCAGGAGGAGAUCGGCUCUAAACAUCUGCUCCGGGCCGACGUGCUCCUGUGUGGACUGUUAGAGAAAUGGUUUCCAGAGGAAAUGCACAAAACCAAGCGGGUAGCAGAAGUGAGAGAGCUGCUGAGGAGCAAACGCUUCAGUCAGGCGCUCUCGUUAGCAACAGAGCUACUGGAAUCAGACCCCAGUAAUACCAGACUGCGUGUGUGUCGAGCUGAAGCGUACCAGCAUCUGCAGCGCUAUCGUCACGCUCUGGAAGACUUUGACGUGUGUAUGAGCAUCACUCCAUCUAUCGAGGUGGUGUUCUCUAAGGCUAAGCUGUUAAAGGAAAUGGGUCGUGUGGACGAGUCUGUAAAGCUCUUCCUCCAGUGUCUGUGUGUGGAUCAGGACUUCCAGGACGCCAGACAGGAAGUACAGAACAUCCUGCGUGAGCUUCUGAUUCCAACAUGUGAGAGUUUCCAGGAGAGUUCGGAGCCCUCAGGUCUAACCCGAGCUCAGUCGUUACGCGCUCAUGUGGCGGGCGGAGCCAAAGGAGAGGGGCUGAAGAGGGUAAGCUCCGCCCCUCAGCUGGGAGAAAAGGGUGCACUGCUGAAGAGGAAACUGUCCGGAUUGGAGGCGGGGCCUGAAGUGAUGGAAAGUGGUGACACCAAACAUAAGAAACACGUAGUGCGUGCCGCAGCGUCAGUGUGUAGCGAUGAAGAUAAGCUCCACCUCAGGGUACCGAGACACCUGCUCGACCCCAGUGACUUUGAGUGCUCGCUGUGCAUGAGGCUGUUCUAUGAGCCGGUGACGACGCCGUGUGGACACUCGUUCUGUAAGAACUGCCUGCAGAGGAGUUUAGACCACAGCCCCCAGUGUCCGCUGUGUAAGGAGAGCCUCAGGCUGUACCUCGCCUCCCGAAGGUUCUCUGUCACACGUGUGCUCGAUGACAUCAUUAAAUGUUACCUCUCUGAGGAGCAUGCUGGGAGACAAAAGAUACACAUUGAUGAAACGAAAGAGCUCUCGGAUUUAGAGAAUAACGUUCCUAUCUUCGUGUGUACGAUGGCGUAUCCCACCGUCCCCUGCCCGCUGCACGUGUUUGAGCCUCGGUACCGUCUCAUGAUCCGCCGAUGCAUCGAUACGGGAACGCGACAGUUUGGGAUGUGCAUCAGUGACGCACACAAAGGGUUUGCGGAUUUCGGCUGCAUGCUCCACAUCCGUAACGUUCACUUUCUGCCGGACGGUCGCUCGGUGGUCGACACGUUCGGGGGGAAACGGUUCCGUGUCAUCAGACGCAGCAUGAGGGACGGGUACUACAUCGCUAACAUCGAGUAUCUGCAGGACCAGAGAGUGGAGGGGAAGGAGGAGCUGCAGCUGCAGGAUCUGUACGAUCAGGUGUAUAAUCAGGCGAGUGUGUGGUUCCACGCUUUGGAGAACCGAUUCAGGAACCAAAUACUGCAGCACUUCGGACCCAUGCCUGAGAAGGAGAACGAUAUACAGUCCAGUCCUAACGGUCCGGCGUGUUGUUGGUGGUUGUUGGCGGUUCUCCCAGUGGAUCCUCGUUAUCAGCUCUCGGUUCUCUCCAUGACGACCCUCAGAGAACGUCUGGUUAAGAUUCAGCACAUCCUCGCAUACUUGCAGAACACACACUCACACACACACACAUAGAGAGUGAGAUAACUUGGUGUGUAUGUGUGUGUUACCUUAAGCCCUUAUGCAGCAGCAACAGUAAUAUUGUGCCGUCCUACAUUAGUACAGAGACAGUCCUGACACACACACACACACACACACAGUAUUAGUUAUUAGUGUGUGGGUCCUGAAUGAAAAAAAUCCCAAAUGCUGAUUUAUUUUUUAUUUUUUUUGUGAUGAAAACAGAACAGAACUUUUUUUUUUUUUUUUUUUUUUUCACCUCAGUGUCCAGGAUUUUUCCUUACGACUUCCGGUUUUACACACGCACACACACUUGUGUAUCCUUUGUUCACAUGGAGAUAACACCAGUGCCAAUAAUCCUGGAGCUGAGAGUGUGUGGUGAGACGUGAGGCCGCGUUAGUGUAACAGAUUUACUGCAGCUUUCUAACAACCACAAAAAACAUCCCUGUAGUUUAAAUCAGUUCUGUUAAACCUGAACGUGUGUGUGUGUGUGUUAGCAGUGUACACAGACACUAACACUAUGUCAGGUGAUCUGACCCGAAUCUUAGCCUAGAACACAUCGUACUGCACACACACACACACACACAAGUUCUCCUCCUGUGAUUAGCGCCCUCUACAGGCCUAAAGAGUGCUUCCUGUUCCGUAUCCAGUACGAACGCAGAAUGUUAAAAAAAAUA